CCAUUAACCAUCAACCAUAUUCACCCAAAAAAUUAUCAUACUUUUGAAAACUUCACCCUGCAGUAAACAGCUUAUUCAACGAGAUCACUGUCCUGGUCCAUUCUCACCCAAACCUCCACUGCCAUCACACCUGCAACUUUAAGGAGAUUCGCGUCAAGAAACCAGAGCUAACUGAUCCACCGACUCCUGCCUUCCUCACUGCAACAAGCUGUCGAAAAGAAAACUUUCCUCAGAAUUAUCGGUUCGCCCUGAGAAACAAAUCAUGACGGACACCUCUUCAAAGAUGCAGCUAGAUUCGCCAGCCGAUACCGCUACUGGCACCAUCGACGAGGGGCUCUACAGUCGUCAGCUCUAUGUUCUUGGGCACGAGGCCAUGAAACGCAUGAGUCAAUCGGAUGUCCUCAUCAUUGGCUUAAAGGGACUAGGUGUCGAGAUUGCGAAAAAUAUUUGUUUGGCUGGUGUUAAAUCCGUUACUCUUUACGACCCCUCCCGUAUCGAGAUUUCAGACCUCUCCUCCCAGUAUUUCUUCCAGGCAUCAGAUGUUGGUAAACAGUCUGAUGAGGUUUCUGCGCCUCUGCUCGGAGAGCUAAAUACCUAUACACCUGUAUCUGUCCUGCACUCAAACCCAUUCGACGAUGUCGAGCUCCUUGGUAGAUAUAAGGCUGUUGUAGUCGCUGGAAUACCUCUUUCCGCUCAACUUAAGGUCAAUGAAUAUUGUCAUAAGAACAAAAUCCCUUAUGUUUCAGCGGAGACUAGAGGGCUGUUUGGUAGCAUAUUCUGUGACUUUGGCGAGGGCUUUAUAGUCAUCGAUCCUACUGGGGAGAAUCCGGUUGGUGGCAUUAUUGCUGGAAUCGAUAGCUCUGGACUUGUCACUGCGCUGGAUGAGACCAGGCAUGGUUUGGCGGAUGGAGACCACGUUACAUUCGGUGAAGUCCAAGGGAUGGAAUCACUAAAUGGAGCCGAAUUCAAAGUUGAAGUUAAAGGACCAUACACAUUCUCGAUCGGUGAGGUCAAAAAACCAAGAAUCAUCAACUUCAAAUCACAAGCAGAGCAACUAAAAGAACCCGAACUUCUUAUCACUGAUUUCGCAAAGUUCGAACGACCUCUGCAGCUUCACAUUGGUUUCCAGGCCCUCCACCAGUUCCGCGAAAAGGGUGGCUUUCCACGACCAAUGAAUGAAGAGGAUGCGGCAGAAGUGCUCAAGUAUGCCACCUCUAUUGCAGAUUCGCUUGGAGAGUCGAAACCUGAAUUGGACGAAAAGCUCAUUAAGGAGCUGGCAUAUCAGGCGAGAGGUGAUCUUGCUCCGAUGUGCGCUGUUAUCGGAGGUUGGGCAGCGCAAGAAGUUGUGAAGAGUUUAUCCGGGAAGUUUAGCCCGAUCGUGCAGCAUGUCUACUUUGAUUCUCUUGAAAGCUUGCCGACUUCAGUGCCACGCACGGAGGAAAGUGUCCAACCAUUGAACACUCGCUACGAUGGUCAGGUUGCUGUUUUUGGGAAGGACUUCCAGGAUAAGAUUGCCAAUGUUAAGGAAUUUCUUGUUGGUGCCGGUGCCAUUGGUUGCGAGAUGUUAAAGAAUUGGGCAAUGAUUGGCUUGGCUACAGGUCCUGAAGGUAAAAUCUCAGUGACUGAUAUGGAUUCGAUUGAGAAAAGCAACCUCAAUCGCCAGUUCUUGUUCAGAUCACAGGAUGUCGGCAGACUAAAAAGCGAAUGUGCUGCGGCGGCCGUUCAGAAGAUGAAUCCCGACCUCAAUGGAAAGAUCAAUACUCUGAGAGAUCGCGUAGGGGCUGACACUGAGAAUGUUUUCGACGAAGGCUUCUGGGAAUCCUUAGAUGGUGUGACAAAUGCCCUUGACAAUAUUGAAGCACGAACGUACGUCGACCGCAGAUGUGUUUUCUUCCGAAAGCCCCUUCUCGAGAGCGGUACUUUGGGAACCAAGGGCAACACUCAAGUUGUCAUGCCCGGACUUACGGAGAGCUAUUCCAGCUCGCACGAUCCUCCAGAACAAUCCUUCCCCAUGUGCACUGUUAGAAGUUUCCCCAAUAAGAUUGAGCAUACAAUUGCCUGGUCCCGUGAGCUCUUUGAGCAGUACUUUGUUCAGCCUGCUGAAAAUGUUAAUCUCUAUCUCUCACAACCAAACUUCUUCGAGGCCACUCUUAAGCAAGCAGGCAACCAGAAACAGAUUCUGGAGACCAUUCGUGAUUAUCUUGUCUACAACAAGCCACUCACAUUCGAAGAGUGUAUUGUUUGGGCUAGACAUGAGUUUGAGAAGCAGUAUAAUAACAAUAUCCAACAACUUCUAUACAACUUCCCCAAGGAUUCCACGACGGCUUCGGGUGCCCUCUUCUGGAGUGGUCCAAAGAGAGCUCCGGAUCCAUUAACCUUCAGCCUCGACAACGAUACCCACAUGGUCUUCGUCAAGGCUGCGGCCAAUCUCCAUGCCUUCAAUUAUGGCAUCAAGGGAAACGCAACUGACGAGGUCUACCGCAAAGUCAUUGGGGAUAUGAUUAUUUCUGAAUUUACACCUUCUUCGGGAGUGAAGAUUCAGGCAAGCGAUGCAGAGCCUGACCCAAAUGCUACCCAGACAGGCUUCGACGAUGAGGGUGAAAUCCAGAGGAUCAUCGAAAGCUUGCCACCUCCGAGUGCCCUAGCUGGAUACAGGCUGGUUAAGGUGGAUUUUGAGAAGGAUGAUGAUUCGAACCACCACAUGGAUCUCAUUACCGCUGCGUCCAACCUUAGGGCACUCAACUACGGCAUUCCUACCGCCGAUAAGCAUACUACGAAGGGGAUUGCUGGCAAAAUUAUUCCCGCCAUCGCAACAACAACCUCCAUGGUUACCGGUCUUGUAUGCCUCGAGCUCUACAAGGUCAUUGACGGGAAAAAUAAACUUGAGGAUUACAAGAACGGUUUCGUCAAUCUUGCUCUUCCCUUCGCGGCUUUCAGUGAGCCUAUUGCUAGCCCGAAAGGCAAGUACCAAUCUAAGGAAGGAGAGGUCACCAUCGACAAGAUCUGGGACAGAUUCUACUUCGAUCACGAUGCUACUCUACAGGAGGUGCUGGAUGUAAUGGCUAGCAAAGGCUUGACUUGUUCUAUGGUUAGCUGUGGUGUUAGUCUGCUGUAUGGAAGUUUCUUCCCCCAGAAGAAGCUCAAGGACAGACUUCCGAUGAAGUUGACCAAGCUUGUGCAAGAAAUCUCUAAGAAGCCUGUCCCAGCUCACACCAAGAACCUCAUCCUUGAAAUUUGCGCCGACGAUGAAACUGGGGAGGAUGUGGAGGUUCCGUACAUUUGUGUUCGUAUUAGAUAGGCAUACCUCUGUGACAUGAAGGAUGUUGCCUGCCUAGAGAGAUUCCUUUGCCUUUUGUUCUCCUUUCCUUUAAUCUCUCGGUUUUGUUCGUUAUUUCGAGAGAUUGUGAAUUUUGAAUGGUUUCGUGUCUAUGUUUACUACCGACUUUGUCGAUUUUACGAUUGCAAAAAAACAAAUAUUCUUGGCUGCUUUGUUUGGA